AUCGACCCAGAUCCAAUUGGACAGAUUCUCCCGCUCGAAUUUAAUUUAAUUAAAAAAUAUAAACAAAAUCCAUUCCAAUGUUUGUGCCCGAAACAGAAGAUAUGCUGCCCAGAUCGGCGCCCAGACCAAGUGCAGCAGUGCCUAUGGGUCAUUCAAAUGAUAUUAUAGGGCCCACAGUGCCGGAGGUGUCCAUAUUGUUUGGCCAACCGCCGCAGGAUCAACAUCUGCAGAUGCAGCUCCAGAAACCUCAACAGGAACCAUCUCCUCGUGUUGCACCAACUUUCGCGUCCUGGAAGAAGCAAAUGCUACCCCGGGUGAACUUCUCGCCCAUCCUGGCCACAGAACUCGGACCAAGGACUCCUCCUAGCAACAACAGCCCAUGCUCCUCCAAGGAACACAUCAUAAUGCCUCGGCAUCGUAACUACUCAAACGAUGCACCAACGAGUACCAAUCACAUUUCCAGUAAUUCUGGAGGGUAUAACUCAGAGCCCAAGCACCAGGUUUAUCAGUCAAGGCGCUUGUCCAGCUCAUCCAACUCUGACGUACUUACAAUCUGUGCUGGUACACAGACCGAUUCGUUUAACUUUUCCCCUCAGCGCAAUUUGCUUCCUUCAGUGGUCUACUCAGACAUUGAUGUCAGCAACCUGGCCAACAAAACCGACCUAGCGGCACUAGUUUCGCUUUUGGAGUCCAUGCGUCAGGAACAACAGCAGUUGAGGAAUCUGUGCGAGCUGCUUUUAGAGCAACAACAAGGUGCGAAACCCGAAGCUGUCUGUAAAACCAGCAGGACAACUGCCAGCCAAUGUGAUAUUUUGACUAUCAACAAUGUCAGACGAGUAUCACCAAUUAUACAAGAUUACAUAGCAGAGGAGAAGAAACCACUGCCUUCACCAAAAGCUCGUGCGAUUCCGCAAUUUCAAUCUCCUCGGCCCAACCCACCUAUGGCUCAAUCUACAGGGUAUCGCGCCAAUACCCCGCAGGCUAAACGGAUUCCUCAACUUGCCAAGCCAAACACCGAGAAGAGCAUGGUGAUGAACGAACUGGCACUGAAGUACUUACGACAACCCGUCGACGAGCUGAUGAAAGAAAUGCGCAUAGGGUCUUCUCCAAAGUCAACUAAUCCAGAACCGCUGCGUCAGAUCGACAAUGUCGCCCAUUCACAAAGUCCUAACGACAUUUCAAAUGCUUCAUAUAAGUACCUAAAGAAAUACCGUUUGCUGCCCGAGGAGCAACUGGAACAUGGGCUCCCUCAAUCUCCGAUGGCGACAACUGCCUCACCGCAACAAAUGCAACUAGACUUAGAGAACAUAAGGAACCAGCCAAAGUUGUUGUAAGAGCAAAGCCCAGUUUUUGUUUUGUUAUUUAUGCGAAUGUCUAGUUGCGAUUCAAGUGGAAAUAUAUUUCAAUACACGGAA